AUGACCGCAUAUGCUUUUAAUAAUUUGAAAAUGGAUUUGGGCAAAGCCAUAUCGGCGCUAUCUCCGUUUUGGCAGGCCAUAUUAUCGAUAGUGAAAUUUUUCUUCUUCAUAGUUAAUAGAAAGAAAAUUUUGCAAUUGUUGCGUGAUGUUUGGUUGUGGACAUUGGAAGCCACCGCAGAAGAGCUUGAAAUUAUUGCCGAAGAAAAUAAAAACGAUGCAAAGAUAUGUGGAUUUUAUUUCUCUAUGGUCAAUAUAUCUGGUGUCUUGGCACAUCUGGCCCCUUUGGCAGUUGCAUCUGUUUAUGCUUGGCAAGGAAAUGGUUUUUUGAACUCAUUGGAUGCUCCCUUAAAGGCUGAAUAUUUCUUUAAUAUUCGACAAUCAUAUAUAACCUACAUCGUUUGCUAUCUGUGGAACGUUAUUAGCAUCUAUUUCAUUAUCUACGGUUCAUUGUUCAUUGAUACCCUCUAUUCCUGGUUGGUGCACAACAUUUCGGCCCAAUUUCGCAUCUUAAGUCUACGUUAUCGCAAGCUAUCUCUAAUGAUGGUCACUCACAAAUCUUCAGAAAUUCAAAACGAUGAGAUUUUUAUGAAAUCCAUUGUCGAAUGCAUUCAAUAUCAUCUGCGAAUUUUGGAAAUUUCGAAACGCUUUAGUGAAGCCUAUCAGCACCUAGUGCUCAUCAAAUUUUUGAUAAGUUGCCUACAACUGGCGUGUCUUUCAUUUAUAAUUCCCCUGGGCGGAGAAAUGGCCGAUCAAUUAUUUAAUCUAUCCUUUUUGGUGGCGGCAACCACGCAGCUGAUAUUGUACUGUCAUGGUGGACAGAAAAUCAAAGAUAUGAGCACUUCCGUAAAUUGGACCAUCUAUGAAUCGUUCCAUUGGCACAACUUGAGCGUAAAGUCCCAAAAGUUGUUACUAUUUGUCAUGAUGAGAACUCGUAAACCUUGUGAAAUAAAUUGCAUAUUUUUUAGAGCCAACUUAAAUUUGUUUGUAUGGGUGAGUAUGGAAAAGUAUGGUAAAGAGUAGUA